AAAGCAAAGAAAAAUCAAAUUGCAAACAAUUAAGAAGCAAAAAAAAAUAAAAAUGGCUAACUUGAAACUUGCUGCCACCAUGUCCAAUUCUAUUACUGCUAAACUUAUGGUGCCUUCUAGUGUUUGCAUUUCUAGAGGCUUUGUUAGUGCUACUAGACCUUCUGAAAUAGCAAAAGUUGAUAAAGAGACUGCCCAAAAAAUAAAAGAAGCAGCAGUAGCAGUGAAAGAAGGUGCUCAAGAAGUAAAAAGUGUGGGUGAUUCUGUCAAAGAUACUGUCUCUUCUAGUGCUGGAAAUGUAAUAUCAGAGAUGUCGAAAAAGGUGUUAGACAAGGCAACAGAGAAUGAAGAUGAUGAAGAAAAGGGUACAUGGGAAACUAUCAAGGAAAAAGUCGCUGGCAAGUGAUUAUAUAUGCCAAAAUAAUCAGCACUUGGUUUUUCACCAUUGAUUAAUGUCUUGAGAUCCAUUUUAUCAAAAUCAUUUACCUGUUUAUUUUAUCAGAUUUUGUGUGGUCAAGGUUGGAACCUUUUUCCUAUAUUGUGAGUUGUGAAUGGUAAAUUCCAUGAAUUGCCAAACAUAUAUGAGUAUUUGAAUGUAGUUUGUACUUUGUACCACGAUUGCUGCAGUGAGAUAAACCUUAAUUAGCCUUUUCA